CCUCAUUUGAAAUAAAAUAAUCUCCCUCAGUCUCAGUUCACAAACAGAGCAAGCAAAAUGGACCGAGUCAUUUGCCUCCUUGUUCUUUCAACAGUACCACAGCUUGUAAUUGCUGUUCCUCCUGUGGCCUCAUUGAUACCUACAGUGGAGCUAGUGUCAGGGCAUUCAAGGGUCUUCUCUGGGGAAAAUGUCCGGCUAACCUGCCACAUUCUAGAUAUCCACAAGUCCAACUGGGAUUACUUGUGGUUCAAGGAAUCUGAGCAGCUCACACAGCAUGGGAAGCACCUCACUCUGUGGAAAACCAAAGUUAAAGACACAGGGAAAUAUUACUGCCAGGGAACAAGGGACACAGCGGUGGGAAACAUACAAACCCUCAAAAGCCAGCCUUUGGAGAUCAGCGUGGAUGGUGGGUUGGCUAUCCUGCAAGUCCCACCUCAUCACAGUCUUGUUGGAGACACCUUGAAUGUGACGUGUCGUGUCCGAGGCACACCCCAACUUCAUGAGGUGAUUCUGUACAGAGAUGGCGUUGAAGUUUUGAGGCAACAGGGCCUCAGCCCACACUUACACCUGACCGACUUGAGCCUUGAGGACAAUGGAGUGUAUUCUUGUAGGGCUUCCUGGGAUAUAGAGAGACAGACAGUAUCUGUAAUUUCAGUUGGUGUUCCAGUGCAGGUCUUAGAGGUUCUGUCGGAGCCAGUUUUGGAGAUUGUUCAAAGGGGUGACUGGAUUACUCCAAAUAUGAUAAAGCUCAUCUGUCACCACCAAUACAAUGCCCCUGCUCCUGUCCCUCCAGUAUCCUACUUUUUCUACAAAGAUAACAAUCGACUGGGAAUAGCAACCUCUGUGAACUAUGACCUGGUCAAACAGACUCCAGGCGAGUACAGCUGCAAGGUGAAGGUGUCUAAGUUGAACAUCUCCAGGUGGAGUCAGCCCAAACGCUUUGGAAGAGUGCAAGUAGGACCACAGGGGAAGAUGCCUCACAGAGAGCUAUUGUCCAUUGCUCCCACUGUGCCGCCUCAAGCAGCCCAGCCCUCCUCUCACCGGUCCACUGCAAUUCCAACUCCUGAUGAAGGCCUAACCCAAUCCUCAGGUCCUCUGCUGAAGCCUUCACAGUCCAUGCCAAGCUCUCUGCAAUCUACAGCCCAGUCUCUCUACCAAACUCCUCUGGCAGAAACUGACGAUUUAUCCAUGGAAUCUGUUAAUAUGUCUGGUAUGGGGCCACUAGUUUAACUAUUUACAAAUCUUAGUGGCGAGAAUAGUGUUUCAGUCUGUGUGUGCGUAAUCAGAUUUGUAAAGGCAGAGAGCAGCUGGAGGAGCCUUUUUUUGCUGCUCAAACCACACACAUUCAUACAGUGAUGACAACGGCCAUCACAAUUAGAAAGUAACUCAUUCAUACACAUGCACAGGGAACAAUUUGAGGUUCAUUAUUUUGCUCAAGGACACUUCAACAUGCAGCGGGAGGAGUCGGGGAUUGAACCACAAACCUUGACUACUCUACCUCCUGAGCCACAUUUACAAAUGUAACUAUGCUCUAUCUAAUCAGAUUGAGAUACACUUUCACAACUCUGUAAAUAGUUUUGCUAAAAUUCCCACCUUUUCCAAUACUUGGUAAUCUGAACUUCAUCUUCUCAUCUGUACAAAACUAACACUGUUGGUGAUAAUAACUAAUGCCAUAUUGGUUAAAGCAAAUAAAGCAUUCCUUAAAUGAUAUAUACUACUGGAUUUUAUUUUCAAUGAACACUCUUUUUACAACCCUAUUGUACAGCAAUACUGCUUACAUAUUAGAAGUAUUGGUAUAAUAACAUGGGCAGUGGAUUUACAGUAAGAAUAGUAAUAUAGUUACAGGUCACAGUGAUAUUCUCUGUAUACUUAACACAUACAUCAUAUAUUUUUGUGUUUUUUGCAAUGAGAAGAUUAGAUCAGGCCAUCAGUAAUAGUGUAGAUGGACAGGAAGCAGAGGUCAGGGUGCAACAAAGGCAACAGUGAACAAAGAGGAGGAAGACUGGAAGAACAAAGCAUUUUACUGAGGGCAACACUGCAGGUAGAACAUCAAUAAAUACUUCAGGUAAAGUAUAUUGUUCAGGAACACUGUGGGGCUUGGAGAGAGUGGGAAACACAAUCUAAAUAAAACUAACAAAAACUCUUACACACUGUCUCACUUUGCUUGCUGGUGUAUUUAUCAACAGCGUUUUGGUGUAUAGUGUAUAAACAAGUUUAAGGACAAGCAUCACGACAGUUUCAUAUAUGUACAAUGUACAAUUUUCAUCAUGAAUUAAUAUCUUAUAAUUGUAUCGUAAACAGAGCACUUAGUUUUGAUGUUUUUGGUUGUUAUGGAUGUUGUUAUAGUGCUCUAAGUAUGAUGACAUUGUAAGAUUUCCAUUUAUGAUUAAUAUUGGCACUUUCCUUUAGAUAUUUUUAAUCUUUUCAUAGUGUGAUUUUUUCAGAUGCCCUCUUCACUUUACUUCAUGUGGACUGGAUAAUUUAUCUUGCAUGUAUUUAUAGAGCAAAAAAACAGUUGUGAUGCGUUUUCAUAUGCCCAACGAAGGUUGUGUGGAUUAAAUAUGUAAAUUAGCAGUAA